AUGAAUAUAACUACUCGGUGACAAUACAUUGCGUCAGGGCUGUGUGUUGCGCAACGGAUGAAAAAUUGUUUACAACACAUCGUUCAGUUUGUAAGUCAUUCACGUUGAUCAAAUGCUAGUGAAUGAACUCCACAUCGGUAAAGUUUUGAAAAAACAUAUUUAUAUAACUACAAAUAGCUUCUAUCGAACAAGAUCAAGAAGAAGUCGUUGUACAGAAUCCAAAAGAAGACUUACCACUGUAACGCACGUUAGUCAUUUAGCAUAUGAAUUUUUUUCACGUGGCAAUGUUUUAGAAGCAUUACAGUAAUUUUACAAAAGCAACUGAAAUAAAAUGAGCUAUCAUGCAUCGGGAAGAUAUGAACCGUACCGUAUACCCAAUUUGGAAGAACUCAAAAGAAGUCCUCGCAGAACAAAGAAGAAAACCGUUGCCAGCACGAAGUCACAUCUCGUCCACAAAGGUGUCCAAGAGAAAAACAGAAAAAGAAAUACAGUACAAAAUUUUAAUCCUGCAAAAAUUGGAAGAUAUAUAUUGUCUGAAAUUAAUCCUAUAAACUGCUUUUGCAAAGCUGUACAUAUCGACACUCAAAAAGAGUUUGCUUGCAGAGUAGUUGAAAUAGGCAAAUAUAGAGAUAUAGUGAGUCCUUAUUAUCUAACAGAUUCACAUGAGAACAUAAACAAGAUAGAAGAAAUAUUAAUUGGCGAUCAAUUUGUUUAUAUCAUGUUUGAAAGGUCUUAUGGUGACUUACAUUCUUACAUCAGGUCUAGAAGAAAAUUAAAAGAAGACGAAGCAUGUAGAUUGUUUAAACAAAUUGUUAGUGUUGUUAAUUAUUGUCACUCAGUUGGCUUAGCAAUACGAGAUUUAAAACUUCGAAAGUUUGUUUUUAAAGACAAAGCAAAAACUCAAUUAAAAUUACAAUCUCUGGACGAUGCUUACGAAUUAGAAAACAACUCGGAUAUCUUGUUCGAUAAACAUGGAUGUCCCGCUUACGUUAGCCCAGAGAUUUUAGAAUCAAUGAACGGCUACUCCUCAAAGAGGGCGGAUAUAUGGAGCAUGGGCGUAAUGAUAUACACAAUGCUGUGUGGUAGAUAUCCUUUUCAUGAACAGGAUCCAACAGCAUUGUUUGCUAAAAUUAAGAGCGGAUAUUUUACAAUUCCUGAACCUAUUUCAGCGAAAGCCAAAUGUCUUAUUCAUUCAAUUCUUCGUAAAAACCCCACGGAACGUUUGACAGCCGAAGAAUUGCUUGAACACCCAUGGUUCACGUCUAACUUUGAAAAUUUAGUAUCGAAUCGGCUGGAUCGAAAAAGAUAUGAUCAGUUAGUUCCUGACGUAGAGCACUCUUCAUCUUUUUUCAGUUAACGGAUUAUUUAUCUUAUUAUAUUAGGCCUUUCUUUUUUUUAUUUCAUUUGCAUUUUUGCUAACAUGUUUCGUGCUGCAAGUUUAAAUUUUGUUCACUUACUGUUUAUUUGUUGUAAAAGUUACUAUAUUCAACGUUUGUGAAAUGGUGUGUUUCAUGUUGUAUUAUGUCCUGUAAUAUGUCUCUAUGUUGAUCGUCAUAUGGCGCCUGUGGCAUGUUGUCCGUAAUACGUUUUAUGUUGUCUAUGCUGACUUCUAUAUUGCCAGUGGUAGGUGGUAUGUUGCUUAUAAAAUAAAUUGUUGUCUGUAACAUUGUCAUUUGUUUUUGUGUUAUAUGUCGUUUCGCACAUGGCUACGUUGUGUGUUUUUUGUUGCCAACCAUGUGCGACUAGCACGUUUUUUUAUAAAUAAUAAUAAUACAUAGGCUCCUGAGCGAGAGAACUUAUUUCUAAACAUUAUCACCUUAUGCCGUUGAAAAACGUGCUAGUGUGUUACAUUGUGUCGUGUCGUAUAUGCAGUGUCGUUUCGUGCAUUGUGUCGUGUCGUAUAUACAGUGUCGUUUCGUGCAUUGUGUCGUGUCGUAUAUUGUUUCGUAUAUAUACUGUGAUGUGUCGUGCAUUGUGUCCUAUCGUACAUUGUGUCGUGCCCCACAUUGUGUUACGUCGUACAAUAUGUCGCGUCGUACAUUGUGUUGUGUCGUGUUGUACAUUGUUUUGCGUCGUACGUUCUUGUAUAAUGUUUACGUAGUAACCUUUGUCUAAUUGGCAGUCCGUUUAUGUAUGGUACAUAUAUGAUUCAAGGGCUAUCUAAAAACCUUCUCAGGUAUUACACGCUGCAGUCCGUUCUAAGCACAUAAUGUGGUUAACAAAGAAAGUAAGCAUGCAAGCCGUUUUAAGCACUUUAAAACAUUAUUUCGAUACAAAUUAUCUUAAUAAAAUGUGUGAGCCAGCUGAGUAAAAAAGUUGAACUGCUUUAAUGACUUAAUUUGUGAAUUUUUAAUUUAAUGACAGUCGUUUUCUUUCACCAACAAAAGGAUGCCAUCUGCUAGUUUGUUAAUUAAGAGUGCAUGGCGGUGUAGAAGCUGUAAUUUUGUGUUUGUGUCGUGAAAGAUUAAAAAGCAUCGAUUUCCUUCCCUUAGUUUAUCAUUAAUUCAAUUUUGCGAUCUGUUUAUAAAAUAUGUAUAAUUUUAUUCAACGAUAACCUUCUUUCCCGCCAAGUCAUUCAAGCAGAAAAAUAAAUGUUUUACGAGCAUGCAUAGAAUUUUAAUUAUUCAAAUAAAAAAUCUAUUUCAAAAUCAGAUAUCGUUGAAUUGCAAUUUCCACAUUCAAGCUGCCAAAAUUUAAUUUCCAGUUCGUGAACAAAAUUUAUUAUAUGUUAUCUUUUAUUUUAUUCUUCUACUAGUCAAUUUUUAAAUAUUUUAAUGUUUCUACUUUAUCCAACUUGUGGAGUGAAGUUGUUAAAUUUAUCAUUCAUCUGUAAUUAUUGUAAAUGAACUUCAUGUUAAUAACAGUUUACAGAAAAAUAUAUACAAUAUAUCUAUUAUUGAAA